AUGUCAGUCCCCAUCUUCAGAAGCACCUCGCGUGCUGCCAUCCGAUCAGUGCCGAGAUGCUCGGCCUUCCAGAAUAGCACCAGGCGGGCUGUGUCGUCCUUCACCACUGAGGGGCAGCAGAAGGUCCUGACGGCGCACCUUCAAAAGGCGGAUCCGGUAAUGUACGACAUCAUAGAGAAGCCAGCACAAAUACACAGAAAGAGGCAUGAUGCUGAUGGCCAAUUCCUGCAGGAGAAAACAAGACAGAAGCAAUUCAUCAACCUCAUCCCCUCCGAGAACUUCACAUCCCAAGCUGUCCUCGAUGCGUUAGGCAGUCCCAUGCAAAACAAGUAUUCCGAGGGAUAUCCUGGAGCAAGAUACUACGGAGGCAACGAGUUCAUCGACCAGUCCGAGCGGCUAUGCCAACAGAGAGCGCUGGAGACCUUUGGCUUGGACGAGAAGCAAUGGGGAGUGAACGUCCAACCGCUGUCCGGAGCACCGGCCAACCUCUAUGUCUACUCGGCUCUGAUGGAGACACACGACCGCCUCAUGGGCCUGGAUCUUCCCCACGGCGGGCAUCUGUCCCACGGAUACCAGACCCCGACGAAAAAGAUCUCCUUCAUCUCCAAAUACUUCGAGACCCUCCCUUACCGACUCGACGAGUCUACUGGCUACAUCGACUACGCAAAGAUGGAGGAGCUUGCCACUUUAUACCGCCCGAAGAUCAUUGUUGCAGGCGCCUCCGCUUACAGCCGAUUUAUCGAUUAUGCAAAGAUGAAGGACAUCUGCGAGAAGACGGGCGCUUAUCUGCUUGCUGAUAUCGCACACAUUUCCGGCUUGGUAGCAGCGAAGGUCAUGCCUGGCCCGUUCGCAUAUGCAGACAUCGUCACAACAACCUCUCACAAGUCUCUGCGUGGCCCGAGAGGCGCCAUGAUCUUCUUCCGCAAGGGCGUCAGGCGGACCAACCCCAAGACCAAGGAGGACGAGCUGUACAACCUCGAGACGCCCAUCAACGCCUCUGUAUUCCCCGGCCACCAAGGCGGCCCGCACAACCACACCAUCGCCGCGCUGGCCGUCGCGCUGAAGCAAGCACAGACGCCCGAGUUCAAGGCGUAUCAGGAGCAGGUCCUCGCCAACUCCAAGGCGCUGGCACACCGGCUCGGUGAGGCCAAGGACAAGGGCGGGCUCGGCUACUCGCUGGUCAGCGGCGGCACGGACAACCACCUGGUGCUGGCCGACCUCAAGCCGCAGGGCAUCGACGGCGGCCGCGUGGAGCGCGUGCUGGAGCUGGUCGGCGUCGCCGCGAACAAGAACACCGUGCCGGGCGACCGCUCGGCGCUGACGCCCGGCGGCCUGCGCAUGGGCACGCCGGCCAUGACGACGCGGGGCUUCAACGAGGACGACUUCAAGCGCGUGGCGGACAUUGUCGACCGGGCCGUCACGAUCGCCGUCAGGGUGAACAAGGCGGCGGUCAAGAACGCCGAGGAGAAGCAGCUCAAGGGCCCCAAGAGGCUCAAGGUCUUCCUCGAGUACCUCGGCGACGGCGAGACGGACCCCGAGAUCGUCCAGCUGAGGAGCGAGGUCGCCGACUGGGUGGGCACGUACCCCCUGCCGUGGCAGCAGGCUGCAUAG